CCGGGGCUGGGCAGGGACUGUGGGAGGUAGCCAGUUCCCAGACAGCUUUCUUCUCCUCUCCUGCAGCUCAGCGAGACAGGCAGCCGGCCUCAGGUUUCCCUCUGGACUCCUUGCUGGAAUGGAAAAAGCAGAAGAUUGUCUGGCUCAGUGUGAUAAUGACUGCAAAGCUUACUGCUGUGAUGGGACUACUCCCUACUGCUGUUCAUAUUAUGCCUACAUUGGGAAUGUCCUUUCAGGCACGGCGAUAGCUGGAAUUGUUUUCGGUAUAGUAUUUAUAAUGGGAGUGAUUGCCGGGAUUGCCAUCUGUAUCUGCAUGUGCAUGAAGAACAACCGUGGGACUCGAGUAGGUGUCAUCCGAACUACGCACAUCAACACUAUCAGCACGUACCCAGUGGCUCCACCACCAUACAGUUACGACUACGAAAUGGAGUACCCAGCUGACCUACCUCCACCUUAUACUCCAACCCCACAGACUUCAAUACAGUAUCCCCCACCCCCUCCAUACCCUGGAUACUCAGGGAAAUAAUUACAUGGCUUCAUACAGAUAUUAACUGCCUGUUGAAACAGCAGCACCGUUGGGACAAAUAUUACCAGUUCAGGGACAAAUAGGACAGGGUCUGCAUCAACACAUAUGGCCAGGUGUUGAAAUAACCUGGGAGGGUUGCCAUGGCUCAGGAUGAAGAAAAAUACUGUCCACUCCGGACCAUCGUGUUUCAUGAUUAAACAACCUGUGACCAAACCGAAGAAACAGUUCCUGUACAUUAGUGCCUGAUGAGUAGUGCUUAGCAUCUGUGCUUAGCUUCAGCUGCAGCCCGUUACAGCACGUGGGAGUGGGGGUCUUGCCAUGUAAGAAUGUGCAAGUGGUGCAAAUGGUUCAACAAGCUGUUUCAAAAGCAGAAGAGGCAGCUGCUGGGGCUUAUUCUGGGGGAAAACUCCAACUGUUCUCUUCAAGUAUGUGUUAUGCCUUUCCUUGAAAUGAGGGGAAUAAGGAAGAACAAGGAACACAAGCUAUUUUCAGUUUCUACAUCAGGCUGAUAAUACCCAAUGAUCAGCUGUGCAUAUUGGUCUGAUAAGUAUAUCACAAAGAGAAGUGCUGUCAGAGUUAUUCAGUAACCAAAAAAUGAUGGAUAUUAUUUUUGGCCAAGUGCAGGUUGUUUUAAGUGCCUACUUUUAAACAGUUUGAGACUAGUUCGUGGCCUAAAACAUAAACACAAAGAGCAUUUUUAUAUGUGAAAUACACUAAUUUAUAGCUGAUUUAUUUUUACCUGGACUUAAAUACUGUAUACAUUGGAAAUAUGCUACAAUGCCUUUUUUAUCAGCAAAUGAUGCUUUGAUUUUUUAAAAAAACACUGAAUCAGGAAAACUCACAAGUGGGAGAAGAAAUACAAAGCGAAUAUUAAAACAUCAUAGAUUUGUCUUCAA